GAACGAAGCAACUCACACAGCAGAAAGAUGGGUAGGGGGAAAAUUGAGAUCAAGAAGAUUGAGAACCUUAGCAGCAGGCAAGUCACCUUCUCGAAACGCCGCGGCGGGUUGUUCAAAAAGGCAGGCGAAUUGGCAGUGCUAUGUGAUGCGGAGGUUGCCGUCAUAAUUUUUUCUCAAACUGGAAAGCUUUAUGAACAAUCAAGCACCAGCAUGGAGAAAAUUUUAUCGAGGUAUCACGAUUUUUCAAACAAGCAGGGCGCUCCUCUCCAAUUAGAGUACUCCUCAGAAGAGCGUCCCCAUGAAUCUGCUGAAGAGGAACUAAAAUUUGAUUCAAGUGAACUGCAGAAAAAAUUUGAAGGAAUGCAGCAAAAGAUUGAAGCAUUACAGUUAGAACUCUGUCGAAUGAAGGGUCAGAAACUGGAUGGGUUGAGCUUAAGUGACCUGUGUGUGCUGGAGAAACAACAAAUGGAAGGGGAAUUAGCUGUGAAGAACAAGAAAGAGGAAAUACUUUGGGAGGAGAAACAAAAGACUACAAAGGAGCAUGAGAAGGCUAUGAGAAAGAUUGAGAAUUUGGAACGAGAGUUAGAGGAACUGAGGAAGCAAAACCAUGCUCGCCCAUCUAUCAUUGAAUCUCAUCCUCCAAAGAAGAGGCUUUUAUACUAUACAAAUUCAUCUAAAGUCAUUUCCAAUUGUUCAACUGCAUCUGAGAACGAAAGUGACGAGCAUUCGGACACUUCUUUGCAGUUGGGGUUUAAUUUCUCAGGUUGUCAUCGUCCAUGUGUUGGUCGGGACAAGAAGAACGAAGCUAGCGUGCGCCCCGGUUCUAAUGAUUCUGAGAGUCUAAGAAUUCGACGAAAAGCGUACACACAUUUGUGUUCAUUUUCCAGACUCGGGGCUGAAGAGAGCAAGGAUGUUCUGCAGUUUGCUUUGCUAGCUUUUUUUAGUGUAAUGCAGGCGCAGAUUACAAGUUCAAGUUGGGUCAUGUCUCUGGAGCAUAAGAUGUUAAACUUUGUCUUGGAGUACAUGUGGAUCAAAUAA